AUGAGGCGACUGCACCGAAUAAAUUGGGGGCGGUCAUUUAGGCAUGUACCUGUGCGCAUGUUGAUACACGCAUCGGGUGCUCCCAACAUUUCCAGCGUGUCAUCGUCUCUCACGGGCCAGAUUCCCUCCACUGCUUCGUUGGGUUGCACAUCUUCCUCGGCUUCUGUCUCCACGGCGUCGCCGGAAGUGGGGGAGAGGGAAGUGGCACCAUUUCUUUUGUCACUAUUGUCGGAGCUUGACGUAUUGGAGAACCGAUGGACGCGGUGUUUCCGCGUGUGCGUCACAAGUGCACCAACGGUGGCAAUUGAAGCGAAAUUUAUGAAUAGUGAUAUCUGGACACCGGUGACGACUAUGGCAUGUGCACAACUGCCCUUUGGGCUCGUCAAGACGGUGGAGGAUGUUUUGUCUUCUCAAACCCAGACAGAGCACCGUAAUAUAACUCUUGUUGACCUGCAUGAACGAUGUGAGGACCUUGCAGUGGCACAGCAAUUUUUGGAAAGCCGAUUUCCUGGACUUCGGCUACACGUUGAUCAUUCUAAGGGGACCGAUCUCCAAGGAACAGUGACGCACACUGUUUCUGUUUCGCUACGUGGUCAUGGCCCUGUUAAUGGCCUCUAUUCCAAGGAGGAGCAAUUCGCCAAGGAUACUUUUUUUGGAGAGUCCAUUGGUGCGAGUUUUUCCGGCACGGUACGGCGUGCUCUUCGUGAGGCAUUUGGGGCAGCCGGUAUUCCGUCUCCUUCACGCCAUUUUGAGCGCGAUCGAGGCACAAGUGAGCUGGAUAUUUACUUGGAUAUUAUUCGGAACGCUACAAACGAGGCGAUUGAAAUCACAGCAUCUCUUGCUGAGGAUAACCAGGUACAGGCCGUUGUACAGUCUUCUACUGGGCGCCGACUUGGUCUAUUGCUGGGACGCAAGGAGGAUGCUCUUUCCAUUGUUCUUGCAUGCGUGGAGAAGGCUGCAGAAAAUACAAACAACAUCGCAACGGAGGAGGCGCGCAAGCGCAUUGCAGACCACCCCGUGGUGUUGGCGCUUCCUUCUAAAGGCCUCCGCCCCAAGGAGAUUUUGCACCGUUUGCUGUUUCACACCUUUGGGCUGGCAAGAGAGCGAAUGCGAGUUUUGACUUCACAGAGUGAUGAGGGCACAUUUGUCACCACCAUUGACGCCGAGCUGGGCUGGGGUGAGGCACAAAAGACGGAGGCCCCCAUUUUCUCCACUCUUGCAAGAGCUGCUGGGGUGAGUAAAAAGGCGGCGGAGGAACUUGCUUGUAUCAAGGCGAUUCAACGUUGCUUUCCAUGCAUCUUUGAAAAUCAACUCUCGUACCAUGCCGAGGUAAGGGAAAUUAUGAACUCCACAAAGGCGACCGACAAGGAUUCUAUAUGCCCACACAUCUCAAAGGGGCUUUUGGCCCAGCUACGCUGGGCUGUUCAAUGCCAAAACAAGGAAGUACUGUUUGAAGCUGUUCAACUGUUUCCAAAUUCUGAAAACGAAUCACUGGGGAUACGUACGACAAGGCCUCUCUGGGCGACGCAGCUUUUUAUAGUUGAUAAGCAAGGCACACGAGAUUUUGUGUGCCUAGCAUUAGAUCCAAGGAAAUCUGCGAGUAAGCAGAAGGUUAUUGCUGCCACCCUAUACAAGUAUUUUAAAGAGGAAUGUAGCGAGGGGGUGAAAUACGCGAUAGAGCGGGGUCUCAUUGACGGUGAAGGUAAUGCCACCUCCUGUGAAGGUAUUUCAACCGCUGAACCGUUACCAAGGAGCGAUUAUGAAAUUGCGGCAGAGUCCGAUCCCUUUAUUCAAAAGUUACAAAUUGUAUCCUCACAACUUAUUCCUGUCGUACAGCAGCAGUCUCUAUUAAGUGUGCUUCGUCGCGGGGUUCAACUCUACGUUGAGCUCCUGAAUGAGCGGGGUGGAGUGGAUGGUGCCUCCACCGGACGGUUGGUUGAGUGCACAGAACGAAGUCCACUGGACGGUUCAUUUAAGGCGCAGCUACUUGUCCAGUUUUUGGGAGAUGAUGCUGACGGCACAAAAAGGACACUAGGAGAGGCCUGUCAUUCGAAUUCAGCUAUCAUUGCACUUUUUUCCGCGUUUAAAGAUGUAUUCGACGAAAAAGGCAUUAUUGCAAGGGCUGCGAAAGAAGAUGCGCAGGUGGAGACCAUUUACAGGGAUACUUGCCAACGCGCUGAGGAGCUGUCCCCAUUGCCGUAUGAGCUUCCUGCACAGAAUCCGCUGGAAACAGUUGCACAAUGUGUCAUGUUAAAGUAUGGUUUAUCGACGGAACUGCGUAUUUCCGGCGGAGGCAAGGCGAUUCAGGUGCAACUCUUUGGUCGAACCCCGUCUUACCAGGAUUCUGAUCGAGCUGCCAGUACAUCCCAGUUUUUCUUGGGACAUGGUCGAGGGAACUCCGUUUUGAAGGCUGUUGUUUCGUGCUGUAGGCAUAUUUUUGACGCCCAUAUUUGCUCCAAGGAGGAGAGUCUUCAAAAAACGAGGUUAACGCCUUUGCGUUCUGGAUCGGUGCAGGUUCCACUGCAAGGGAAGUCAGUUCUUGCUUUACGAGUGGAGGAAGUCAUGAGGGAGCUUUUGGAGUACAAGGUGGUCUCCUCCGCAGCUUCCAUUCACGUCAAGGUGGAUAUUCACUCUACAUCUGAGGAAACGAGGUAUGAGGGACAUUUGUACGUUGUGGAUGGAUCGCGGAUGGUUGAACUGGAGCGAACUCCUUCGAUGGUGGACCUCUUGCGUUCCCUACAACAAUUAACUGAAGGCAUCACUCAAGAGAUGCGCUGCCCCACUGUUGAUCUUGACGCGCUGCAACGACAGUACAGUGGGCCAUCGCGGUGUAACACAUUGCGGCAACUGCUGCAAGUUCUUUACGGACUUCCACUUAUAACAGAGACGUCAUUCAAGGACCAUCAAUGGCAAUGUCGCCUAAGCAUACACAUUUUUGAGGACCUUUAUUACGCAAUUGGUUACGCUGUCGAUGUGAAAAAAAAGGAGGCGGUGGAAAAUGCAGCCAAGAAAGCAUUAGACCGUUGCUUUGGAGCAGCAUCAGUUGACGUGGAAUUACAGGAGAAUUCAACAUCAACAGCACCAAUAAGUUGCCUGGAGGAGGAAUAUGGAUUUGUCUUUAGAAAGUUGGUUGAAAACGAUACUUCCUCUGAGUCACUUCCAUGA